AUGAAGGGCACAUCCAAAGUGAUAAUGGGAGCAACCUUGGUAAUGGUUGUGACCCUUGCUGUGGUUCUAGGCCUCAUACUCGUGCUUUUAGCUGAACUCUAUUGUUCUCUCUUACUCCGCCGCCGCCAGCUCAGAAACACCAACUCCAACACCAUCCCCACCGCCACCACUCAAACCACAACCACAACAACCAUAGACAAUGCUUCUUCCCCUUCACAUGAACCAAACCCUCAACAACACUCUCCUCCUCCUCCUCCACCAUUCAGCACUAUUUAUUCACAAGGUGUCCUUCAAGCUCCCAGAAGCUUCCUUUAUCCUUCAGUUUCAUGCACAGAGAAGAAGCCAAACCACCAUUCUGAGCUUCAUGAUAAGGUCAUUGAAAUCCAAACGCAAGAAUCAAAUGCAUCACCACUAGUAUCAUUCUUAUCCAGAGCUCCCCCAAAGCCAGUUCAAGAAGAAGAAGACACACUUCAAGGUAGUAGUGGAGACCACCACUUUGUGUACAUUUCCAACCCCAUUUAUGAAAACGAAGAAGGAAGAACAAGUGAUGCUAAUAAUACCCCAUUUGAGACACCAGACACUUCACCCUCUCGUUUAGAAAGAAGUGGUUCUUCUGGGGAUGAUGAUGAUGCUCAUUCACCUACAUAUACACCUCCUCUUACUCCAAUGAAGAAGCUCCCUACAGAGGCUUGUUCUGUUUCUCUUAAAGAUGCCACGUCCUUGAAUACUUCAGGCAGUGAUUCACAUAGCAUCAAUGGUCUCUCUUCUUCAUCCUCUGGUUCCCCUUGUACUUCUCCUUCAUGGUGA